AUGUUUGAUCUCGACGAGCUCGUCAAAGCCACCAACGGCUUCAGCUGCAUGCUCAAGGUCCGCAAGGGCGGCUUCGGCUCCGUUUACCGUGCCUUCUGCUCCACCGGCUCAAGGUCGUCCUCGCUGUUAAGCGCCUCAACCAUCACAGCCUUUAGGGACUUCUGGAGGAACUUAAGGUUGCACCUUCUGCUCCUGUGCAACCAGCUCUGA